UCAUCCGUGUCGCUCCUUUGCUUUGCGAUGUUUUAGGGAAGUCGACGAAUGUCAAAUCGGGAUCAAAACAAAGUGCGGGUGAAACGUAAAUAAAGAAGAAUAUUUAAGUUUAUGGUGAUUUCUGCGCUAAUUUCAACAAAAUAAGCUUGAUCCACCAUGGGUGAACGCAAGGGACAGAAUCACUACUACCCGCCGGAUUACGAUCCGAAGGUGGGCAGUUUGAACAAAUGGCACGGCACGCACGCCCUUCGGGAGCGAGCCCGCAAGAUUCAUCUGGGGAUCAUCAUCAUACGGUUCGAGAUGCCCUACAACAUAUGGUGCGAUGGUUGCAAGAAUCACAUUGGCAUGGGCGUCCGAUACAAUGCCGAGAAGACCAAAAUAGGAAUGUACUAUUCCACCCCAGUUUACCAGUUUCGGAUGAAGUGUCAUCUGUGUGACAACCACUUCGAGAUAAAAACAGACCCCGCCAACUUAGACUAUGUGAUAGUUUCCGGAGCGAGGAGACAGGAAAACAGGUGGGAUCCUACGCAAAACGAGCAGAUCGUACCGGAAACGAAAGAAGUUCAGAAAAAGCUUUUCGAUGAUCCAAUGUACAAACUCGAGCAUGGAGCCAAAGACAUCAAAACGGCAGAGGAUGCCAAACCGGUGCUGGGUAAGCUGUACGAAAGGAACAGCAGCGUGUGGAGGGACGAUUUCGAAGCCAAUAGUCGUCUCCGUGCAGAUUUUCGAAGUACCAAAAAGCAAAUAAAGCAACAGGACGAUAAGGAUAAAGCAUUGUUGGCCAAGUCUGGCCUCGAUAUAGCGCUUCUCCCGGAAAGUGACACUGACAGGCGGAUGGCUGCGUUAAUGCGAUUACAUUCCGCCAAAUCCAUCGCCGAGAAGGAUCGUGACCGAAGGGUAGCCAUCAUCACUAGACCGGCCUUACCGUCUACGGCGACAAGCGAGCAUGCAAAAUUGAAAGUCGUUAGCGCAAAACUGGACCCCAAGAAUCUUGGAAUAGUGAAAAGACAUAGCACAUCGUCGGCUGCUCUGCAGCUGUCUGGUGUGAAGGAUAUAGCUAAUGCACCUGAAGCGAAUGUUACGUCGGCUAAGAAACCGAAACUUUUACUUUGUAACUACGGCUCAGGCUCUAGCGAUAGUGAUUAAGGCUUUAAAAUAGAGAGCAUUUAUUGCAGCA